AUGCGAGGCUGGCACGAGAAGGCCUACCUCCAGCAUGCUGGCGAGAAUGCCGAUCUCUGGACCAGGCUCUGCAAGCUCAGAGCGUCUCGUGAUUUCAGUCAGAUUUUAGUCCUGCAGACCCCCUCUCAUCUCACUGCCGCUGAUCUCACCGUGCGUGAAACCCACCAAUGGGUUGCGCUAGGCAACACAGCAGCAGAUGAAUUGGCCUCGGUAGCAGCUGCCGAGGCGAGGGUGGAUCAGGCGUCUCGGACGCGAGUUCUGCAGGCCGAAAGGAAAGCUCGAGUUGUCAGGCGUAGGCUGUUGCGUGCCAACCUCGAGGCAGUGCAGGCGGAGGACACGGAGCGGAAGGCCGCCCCGAGGCCGCAGCGGCAUUCGCUGCCCGGCGCGGGGGACCCGCCCAGGGCCGCGGCCGCUGCAGCGAGUGCGGUCACGACGCCCACCGUGGCUGCCGCGCGGGGAGCGCCGACCACGGAGCUGGAAGCCCAUGGCGGCGCGACUUUGGAAAGGCAGUUCGAGAUCUGGGACUCCAAGCCGGCAGACGACAGCCGUGUCAGCGGCGUAUGGGAGCCUUGGGAAUCUGAGCCAGAGUCAGAGUCUGGACAUCGUCGGGAAUCUGAUCAUGAGUCUGACUUGGAAUCAGCAGUCAAUUCGCGGUGUGACAAGGCUGAGGGGGCAGUGGACACAAAGGUUGACGAACAGCCUGCCGACACCACCGGAGUUGCUCCGCAGGCUGUGAAGUCCAUGGGCAAAGGCAAAGGCAAGAAAGGGCCACCGCCACCGCCCAAGAGUUCUGGCCCACCGAAGAAAGAGAAGGCUCGGCCAGAGGCAGACGAGGGAGCACUGGUGCAGGUUCAGGCAGGCAUGCACGCGGGCAAGCGAGCCACGGUGCUGAAGGUGUCUGGUGAGGGCAAGGAGAUGCGAUGGCGUGUUCAGAUCGAGGACGGCCCCGCCACCUGGGUGGACGCGGUGUCUCUGGUCGACGCUGCUGCCGGUCAGUCAGCCCUGCCCAGCUCAGCAGACCAGCAGCAGCAUCAGAGCCAGGAAGCACCCUCGUCAUCUCCAGCAGACGCAGAAGAAGGUGGACCCGCAGCGAUCUUAUCUGGAAGGAUUGGAGGCAGCGCGGUGCCUGGUAAAGGCAAAGGCAAGAAAGGGCCACCGCCACCGCCCAAGAGUUCUGGCCCACCGAAGAAAGAGACGGCUCGGCCAGAGGCAGACGAGGGAGCACUGGUGCAGGUUCAGGCAGGCAUGCACGCGAGCAAGCGAGCCACGGUGCUGAAGGUGUCUGGUGAGGGCAAGGAGAUGCGAUGGCGUGUUCAGAUCGAGGACGGCCCCGCCACCUGGGUGGACGCGGUGUCUCUGGUCGACGCUGCUGCUGGUCAGGCAGCCCUGCCCAGCUCAGCAGACCAGCAGCAGCAUCAGAGCCAGGAAGCACCCUCGUCAUCUCCAGCAGACGCAGAAGAAGGUGGACCCGCAGCGAUCUUAUCUGGAAGGAUUGGAGGCAGCGCGGUGCCUGGUAAGGGCAAAGGCAAGAAAGGGCCACCGCCACCGCCCAAGAGUUCUGGCCCACCGAAGAAAGAGACGGCUCGGCCAGAGGCAGACGACGGAGCACUGGUGCAGGUUCAGGCAGGCAUGCACGCGGGCAAGCGAGCCACGGUGCUGAAGGUUUCUGGUGAGGGCAAGGAGAUGCGAUGGCGUGUUCAGAUCGAGGACGGCCCCGCCACCUGGGUGGACGCGGUGUCUCUGGUCGACGCUGCUGCCGGUCAGGCAGCCCUGCCCAGCUCAGCAGACCAGCAGCAGCAUCAGAGCCAGGAAGCACCCUCGUCAUCUCCAGCAGACGCGGAAGAGGGUGGACCCGCAGCGAUCUUAUCUGGAAGGAUUGGAGACAGCGCGGUGCCUGGUAAGGGCAAAGGCAAGAAAGGGCCACCGCCACCGCCCAAGAGUUCUGGCCCACCGAAGAAAGAGAAGGCUCGGCCAGAGGCAGACGAGGGAGCACUGGUGCAGGUUCAGGCAGGCAUGCACGCGGGCAAGCGAGCCACGGUGCUGAAGGUGUCUGGUGAGGGCAAGGAGAUGCGAUGGCGUGUUCAGGUCGAGGACGGCCCCGCCACCUGGGUGGACGCGGUGUCUCUGGUCGACGCUGCUGCCGGUCAGGCAGCCCUGCCCAGCUCAGCAGACCAGCAGCAGCAUCAGAGCCAGGAGGCACCCUCGUCAUCUCCAGCAGACGCGGAAGAAGGUGGACUCGCAGCGUUCUUAUCGUGCGAGGUCGGGGUCGAGGCCACCCACGAGGCCGCGGCCGCCGAAGCGGAGGCCGCGGAGCUGGAGCGGCUCGCGCGGGAGGAGGCCGAGGCCGCCGAGGCGCUUCCGCCGUUGCCGGAGGGCUGGAUCGAGAUGAAGGAGGUUAGACUGCCGACCGGCAGGGUGCCGCCGGGCACGAGCGGGGCUGAGCCUGUGGAGGUGAUCUGCAUAGAGGAGAUGAUCACAGCGGCCGCGGAGGAGGUGGCCACGGAGGACAAGGACGUUCGACAGCAGGGCAGCACUGCAGACCAUCAGCGUCGAGAGCCAGGGCAGGAGCCUCUGCGCCGCCGGCGCGGUCCAGCAGGGGCUGAGCACGGAGAUACAGACGACCAGCUCGACCAGCCCCACGAUUCGGCGUUGGCGGCGCCCGCCGGGGCCGGGGCGGAGGCCGGCACGGCCUGGGACUGCCCGGGCUGCGGGCUGCAGAACGAGGGGGGCGCGGGCCGGUGCGUGCUGUGCAGCGCUGAGCGGGAGGCGCCCGCCGCGGCCGACGCGGACGAGGGCGAGGGCCAGGGCGUCGGGGCGGUGUACGAGGUGACACCUGGCGAUGACGAGCUACAGGAGCAGCACGAUCUCGUGGACGAGGACGUUGGAGCAGUUCACCAACCUCGCUUCUCGGUUAUUGACGAAGACGAGGUGAAGUACUUUCAAGAUGGGGCGAAGGAGGCCUUCGCGGUGCCGCUGCCAGCGUUCGAACUCGACGACGAGGACUGCUUGGACUCAUCCAACGAGAUGGACCCUGAAGAUGACAAGCAGUGCCUCGCAGACGAGUUUGACGACGGAGAAUGCUUCUGA